AGCCCCCGUCUACUCAGGGGUGGUGCUCAGCCGGCGCCAGACAGACCCUAGACUUCGGAGAGGCAGUGCAGUUCCUUUGGGAGCAUCCCCCUCGGUUCCUUCGGCUUCCACUACCUCCUCGGCCGCCUUACCGCCCGCGGGGACGCGAGAGCUCGGUGUAUGCCCCACCCCUGACCCCGCUAGAGACAUGUCCACCCCGGCUCGGCGGCGCCUCAUGAGGGACUUCAAGAGGUUGCAGGAGGAUCCUCCAGCCGGAGUCAGCGGGGCUCCAUCUGAGAACAACAUCAUGGUUUGGAACGCGGUCAUUUUUGGGCCUGAAGGGACCCCGUUUGAGGAUGGAACCUUUAAGCUUACAAUAGAAUUCACUGAAGAAUAUCCGAAUAAGCCACCUACGGUUAGAUUUGUCUCUAAGAUGUUUCAUCCGAAUGUCUAUGCAGAUGGUAGUAUAUGUCUGGACAUUCUUCAGAACCGUUGGAGUCCAACAUAUGAUGUGUCUUCCAUUUUAACAUCCAUACAGUCUCUUUUGGAUGAACCCAAUCCCAAUAGUCCAGCAAACAGCCAGGCUGCUCAGCUGUACCAGGAGAACAAGCGGGAGUAUGAAAAACGUGUUUCUGCGAUAGUAGAACAGAGCUGGCGUGACUGUUGACCCGGGUGCAGGAAAAGAAGCAGCUGGUCAUAAGAAAAAUAUAUAUUGAUGUGUUUGUCGCCUUCCUAUUCAUCAGUGUCAUUACAUUUACUUUAUUAAAAGCAAAAUAGCUGUUGUGCUGUUUCCAUCUUCCCUUGCCAGGCUUUUCCUACCCCUUCUACCCUCUCCUUAAACAUCAGAAAACACCCUCUAUGAGAUCAAAUGUACUGUACCUGGGUUACGUGCAAAAAGUCACUAAUGCUUAAUUAAUUCCUUUUCUGUUGUAUCUCAUUUCCAGAAAUAUGGCAGUAUUGUGUUACUGUACUUUACACUAAGCUUUUUAAAAUGAAUUGUUUUACAAGUGGUGCUUAUGCAUAGCUUGAUGACCAGAAUGUUAUUUUUAACAGAAUGAAUGAUUACUGAAGCGUUUCACCCUGGCUGGUCCUUCACUUGUGUUGGAUUUAGAAAUGAAUUUUUGGAAUAUGGCCUAUAGAAAACAGGGAAACAAAUCCAUAUAAACAUCCAUUUUGAAAGAGCAAUGGAAGCUAAAAAGGCUCUGAUACUAAUAUCUAACUAACAUGAAUUAUGUUUUUGUUUUUUGUUGUUUUUUUUUUUUUUGCGUUACGUGGGCCUCUCACUGUUGUGGCCUCUCCCGUUGCGGAGCACAGGCUCUGGACACGCAGGCCCAGCGGGCAUGGCUCACAGGCCCAGCCGCUCCGCGGCAUGUGGGAUCCUCCCGGACCGGGGCACGAACCCGUGUCCCCUGCAUCGGCAGGCGGACUCUCAACCACUGCGCCACCAGGGAAGCCCCAUGAAUUGUGUUUUUAACUGGUAGGAAGGAGAAUGUUAAAGGGCUCAGCCAAGGGAGUGCAGCAUAGUAACUGACACUUCCUCUCCUUGCAAGGUGUUCAAUGGACACACCCGAGCUAAGAUUCAGAAUACUGAAGUCUUCUGGAUUUUCACUUUUUAAAGAGGUGUGGGAACAGAGGAAUGGAAACAGUCAUGUUUUUAAGCUAGGGAAGGUUGGAGAUCCUUUAAUCCUUUUAAAGGAGCAGUGCUACCCUAGAUGAACAAAUUUAUAAUCCUCCAUUGUUUUUUUUAGAGUUUUAAUUAACCCAAGGAAGGGAACAUGUCUGUGGUAAACUAUUUUCCACUCAAAUCCUCUGUUAAUGCUGCAUGCUUUAGUUUCUUCCUCCCUUUCAGUAUUACAAGAACCUUAAAGUCAAUGUUUGUAAUCUUUCUUUGGAUAUUUAUACUUUUAGAUUGACAGUACCUUUAAGUAGCAGUGUGGGACAAAGCUUGUAAAUGUUUUGUCUGAUGUUCCAUUGUCACCUUUUGUGCAUUUAUCAUCACUCUUCUGAAUUUAACUUUGCACAAGUAACCCAUGUAAAAAAUGUACAUUUUUCAAAACUUGUAAAUAAA